AUACUGUAGAAAUUAGAAUAGAGAAAAGCACCUCUGUGUCUCUCUCUUUUUUCUCUCCGUCCUCGUCUCUCUGAUUCUCUCUUUCUCUCAAUUCCGUCGCAACCCUUCUGAAUUUUCGCUUCGUCAUUUCAGGGUAUUACUUGGCUUUUGAAGGCUAGGUACUAUUGAGUUGCCUUAUGAUCUGACGGACUUGGUUGCAAUUCAAGAAUGGUCCUCGCUGGUUCAUUGCAAUUAUCCCAUGGAUUGGGACUUUGCAAGAAUCAGGGGUGCCAUAAACAGUUUAAGAGGGGAAUAAGAUGGGACAAAUUACAUCUCUCAAGCACUGCCCUUAUGUCACGAGUCUCGUUUCAGAGAACAGAGUCUUGGAGCAUUGGUUUAUCAGAGAAUGUAUACAGGUCUAUACAUACCUCAUCUCACAGAUAUCAUGCAUUUAAAUGCCAUUCUUCUGUAGCACCAGGCCAACCGUUUGGCCAACAUGGCUUGGAGACUGCUACUAUGGUGUUGAAAAGGUCAUAUGAUCUUUUGCAAGGUUAUCCUCUUGUAUUCAAAUUGGUUCCAUCAGUUGGCGUCAUUGUCUUUGCCAUUUGGGGUCUCGCACCACUUAUGCGUCUGAGCAGAAACCUAAUCCUUAGUAAGAAUGAUACAGGCUGGAAAAAGAGUAACACACACUAUGUUACAAACUCGUAUAUUCAACCUUUGCUCCUAUGGACGGGAGCAAUGCUCAUUUGCAGGGCAUUGGAUCCAGUUGUUCUACCUACAGAAGCCAGUCAGGUCGUUAAGCAACGGCUUUUGGACUUUAUAAGAUCGCUGUCAACUGUUCUCUCUUUUGCCUAUUGUCUAUCAAGUUUGAUCCAACAAACACAGAAAUUCUUUAUGGAGAGUAACGAGUCCAGUGAUACAAGAAAUAUGGGUUUCCAAUUUGCUGGGAAAGCUGUGUACUCUGCCGUAUGGGUUGCUGCUGUUUCGUUAUUCAUGGAGUUGCUAGGUUUCUCUACCCAAAAAUGGCUGACUGCAGGAGGUCUUGGGACUGUCUUAUUGACUCUGGCUGGCCGUGAGAUAUUUACAAAUUUCCUGUCAAGUGCGAUGAUUCAUGCCACCCGCCCUUUUGUUGUGAAUGAAUGGAUUCAAACUAAAAUAGAAGGCUAUGAAGUAUCUGGCACGGUUGAGCAUGUAGGCUGGUGGUCGCCAACUAUUGUAAGAGGUGAAGAUCGUGAAGCUGUACACAUCCCAAACCAUAAGUUCACAGUGAAUGUUGUCAGAAAUCUCACUCAAAAAACUCAUUGGCGCAUCAAAACUCACCUUGCCAUUAGUCAUUUGGAUGUUCAUAAGAUAAAUAAUAUUGUUGCCGAUAUGCGUAAAGUCUUGUCCAAGAAUCCCCAAGUUGAACAGCAGAGGUUGCAUAGAAGAGUGUUUCUGGAAAAUGUUACUCCUGAAAAUCAAGCUCUCAUGAUCUUGAUUUCCUGUUUUGUGAAGACAUCACAUCAUGAAGAGUAUCUCUGUGUCAAGGAAGCUAUACUCAUGGAUCUUCUUAGAGUCAUCAGCCAUCACAAGGCCCGACUUGCCACACCAAUCCGUACAGUGCAGAAAAUGUAUAAUGAUACUGACUUGGACAGUAUGCCAUUUGCGGACUCAAUGUAUAGUCAUGGUGGAGUAUCCCCUAGACGCCCGUUGUUGCUUAUUGAACCUUCAUACAAGAUAAAUGGAGAAGAUAAAAAAAGAAGUCGCUCUGGGCAGACCAGUGGAGAGCGAGAUGGGAAGGCAACAGUGCGGCCAUCACCUGACCCCAAAGUGGAUGCUAAAGUUGGGGACUCCAAGACCAGUGAAACACUAACAUCUGACACCAAGGGAGAUGCCAGGACGCCAAAUCCAAUCCCCAAGGACGACACCAAUGCUUCAAAGCCAUCUCCUUCUGAUCCCAAAGUAGGUGAUAAAGGAACAAUCAAGUCAAGGUCAAACUCCAAGACAAGUUCUAAAGAUGCAGAAAAGUCUGAUUCUGACUCCAAGGCUGCAGACUUAAUAUCUGAUCAUUUGACAGAGAAGAUGUCUGGCAGAAAGCAAGUGAAUAAUGCAAAUGGAAAUGUUUUUCAGAGCACUUCUAGUAAUCCUGCAUUUUCCUCUUCUGCAAGUGGUGCUGACAAAACUAGUGGAUCAGUGACAUCCCCAGUGAAACAAGAAGGUGAAAAGAUGCCAGCUGCGGAGCCACCAACAACAAGACCUGCUCUAGAAGAAAAUAUAGUCCUUGGUGUUGCCUUGGAGGGCUCAAAGAGAACCCUUCCUAUUGAGGAAGAAAUGGCUUCUGCUUCAUCUCACGCAGAUGCAAAUGAUUUGGCUUCUGUCCGGAAAGGUAAUGCGUCUUCAAAUACUGAGAAGGGUAAGAAAAAUGAUCAAGUUCCAGCUGCACCAGGCACAAGUUCUGAUAAUGAGUGAGAUAGCAUGAAUCAGGGGAAGUUGUGCCUAUCGACAAUUAAGCAACUCUCUUUUAGAUAGUCACUCCUAGUAGCCAUGUCUAUUCAAGGCUGCAUUCUACACUGUACAUUCACACUGUAUUCUUUAUUGGUAUUGUCAUUGUUUAAUGGCGCAGCAUUGGUUGGCCUUUUUCAUCGAGCCAUCAAACAUACCAAAAAGAAAUACAAGCUUCUGUUGAAUAUGAA